AUGCUUUUCGAUGGCGAUUUCCAGGGGGAAUGGGCAGAGGAGCGAAACAAACGUACCAUUUUCUACUAAAGAUAGUCACCCGUUAUCGUUAGGUGAACGGAAAUGAUCAAUCUGCUAGCGCGUUGAUAAUCUUCCAAACAUUUCAUGUUCAAUCUCUAUCUCCUACAAUUCCUCGAUCCCUUUCUUUUCACAGGUGAGAGCAAGUUCGUUUUCAUUGGGAAGAACCUGAAAAGGGAAGAGCUUGAGAAGGGCUUUAGAGAUUGCAUCUGCGCGCCGCUUCGGUUCAAAGUAGGCGACAAGGUGCAAGCAAAGGUCAAGGACGGUUGGAAAGACGGCGAGAUUACUAAAGAAUGGGACAACGGAAAGCCUUACCGUAUCAAAAUUCUAGACACCGGAGUGGAGGUCUACGGCCCCUUGGACGACGAUCGCGUCGUCAGAUUGAGACCAGAAUAAAGUGGAUAUUCAUCUUCAGGUUCUGCCACGUACUAACACGUACCUAGCAGACGGCGGUUGCCUCUUCAUAACCUCCAUGACUUCUUCUCUUCUUCAACGACGCAUUCAAGAUCAUUCAUCAUCACAAAGAGGACACAAUCAUAGAUUAAGAUCAGCAUCUAUAGAUACAACAGCGUGCUGCAAUUAGAACUUCUUCAAUGUUGGGAGAAGUAGCUGAAGGAAAAAACCACUAUUGUAGCAGCUCAAAGCAGGCGGAGUGGGAUGAGUCGAAGCGCCACUUCGCUUAUCGCUACGCGUAUCAUGGAGAGUGUAGAGGACGAAGACAUGUGGUAUUCCUCCCGCAUUCGGUGUCGUGGUGCAUUGUUUUUGCACGACUGAUGGAAUCUUUUGACGUAUUUGCAAAGAUCAAUGUUGCAAGAUGAAGUUGAGGGGUCCGUAUAAACAUGAUGGUCGUAGUUGCUUUCGCAUAUUGAUUAGUGUUAGUAGAUCCCUCGUAGAAGUAUGUCCUUCAGCUUCAUCUGAGUAGUUCGAUGUCCCUCCUUGUCGUUGAAGAUUGAUCUCUUGAUUUCUCAUGCAUUAUAGUAGAGUCCAGCACUCUACUUGUUCAUGCAAUUUUUAAUUGGCAUGAUGAGUAGUGAUGUGUUUAGAUUGCUGCUGCAUGAAGACCAACUACUAAGGAUGAAUGGCUACGCAAACAAUUAGAAGUCGAGUUCGAUGAAGACUGUUCCCUGCUUAAUCAUUCAAUACGCUGGAGCUUCUUUUGCAUUUGCUUCCGACCGUCAAGACGCCCAUUCUUGAUAAGGGUUCUCCUCCGAACUGUUCGGAGGUGGACACUGAUGUCAGUCGUGCCGAUCGUAUUACUGUCCACAGG